AUGUCAGUGCUGAUAAACGGAUCGCCAUCUAAGCCUUUUAAGAUGGAAAGGGGAUUGCGACAGGGUGAUCCUCUAUCUCGAUUUCUGUUUGUGCUUGUCAUUGACGUGCUACAUAGGAUGCUUGGGGUAGCAGUGAGAAAUAGGUGUAUCUCGCCACUACUAGUGGGUAGAGAUCAGGUCGAGCUGUCACAUCUUCAGUUUGCGGACGAUACCAUCCUGUUCUGUCCCCCUGAGGAAGAGACCAUUAAGAAUUACAGGAGGAUCCUACGUUGUUUUGAGCUCAUGUCGGGGUUGAGUAUUAAUUUUGAUAAGUCUAGCCUGAUUCCUAUUAACUGUGAUGAUCAGUGGGUGCAGUGUAUGUCUAGAAUGCUGGGUUGUAAGAUUGCCUCGUUGCUGGUGAAAUACUUAGGGAUCCCGCUAGGAGCAAACCCGAGGUUGGUGAGGACUUGGAAGCCCAUUAUAGAAAAAGUGGAGGAGAAGCUGAGCAUCUGGAAAGCCAAAAUCCUCAAUAGAGCUGGUAAACUGGUGCUUAUUAAAUCUGUUUUGAACAGCCUCCCUGUCUAUUACUUGAGCUUGUAUAAAAUGUCAAAGGUUGUUGCAGAGAAAUUGAUUUCCCUACAGAGAAGGUUUCUUUGGAGUAAGGAGGAUGGAAGGCAUGGUAUGGUAAUGGUCAGGUGGGAGGUGGUGCAAGCUCCCAAAAAACUUGGCGGUUUAGGGGUUGGGGAUGCUAUGGUGCGUAACUCAGCCCUUCUCUUGAAGUGGUGGUGGCGGUUUUCAAAGGAGGAUUGCCCCUUAUGGAAGAAGGUGGUGUGUUCUUGUAACAAUCUGAGUCCCAAUGUGAUGCUAUCAUCCCAGGUGUUACCUACUCGGGAGGGGGGACUAUCUGCUAAAUACAAUUCAAGGAUCAACAAGUAA